UUGUUGGAUGAUGGUGAUGUGUCGGAAGUUGAGUUGUAGGGGCUGGUCGGGAUUAAAUGUUGAUGUUGAAUAUUAAAUAUAAAAAUGCCGAAAAGUAGUGAUCUGUUCUCGUUGCCGGCCGCGCCGCCCGAGUUGUGCUUCGAUAAAAAUGAAUUCAUGAAGAAAACCUUUUCCGUGGAUGAUUUUCUCCACGAACAUCGCAAUGCUGCCUCCCUGGAAAUAAUGCGUGACGAUCUCGGCAUAUAUUUAAAAGUGCUUCGUUCUGCUAUGAUCGAACUAAUAAACGAAGAUUAUGCAGAUUUCGUCAAUCUAUCUACAAAUCUAGUUGGACUCGACCACCAAAUUAAUACAAUCCACACACCAGUCGAACAGCUGGGGGAUGAAGUUCUUGGGGUGAAGCAAGUCAUCACGGAUACAAUGAACGAGAUUAAAGAGUGUCUCAAUCAAAAGAAACUACUUAGACAAUACAAGAAAAAUCUGAAAAGCUUGGCAAAAGUCUACAAUUCCAUUAACAAGUUAACGGAUUUGCUGGGGAAUCAACUGAGUACGGAGGACAUUAGGCCAGUAGUCUUGGAGAGAGCUGCACUUGAGUUAGUUCAGUUACAGUUUCAUGUUAAAUUUUGCUCCGAGUAUCUGGACAAAGCCCAAGCGGAGAAAACGGAAAGUUUACACAAAGAUUUGUUAGGAAAGUUACGAGAAUAUUUUCUAAAGGCCUUAAAAAUGGACGCAGAUUCCUUAGAGCGGUGCCUGCGAAUUUACGCCACCUUAGAUGAAUACAAGGCGGCAGAAACUGUUUUCCGAGAAGACGUUGUCGGUACUUAUAUGAAUACCAGAAUUUCUGAAAGCAAAUUGCAGAAUUCAUCACAAGGUCUAGUUGGAAUCUAUAAUCAGAUUUUAGAUUUCAUCUCGUUGCAUAUGAAAGAUUUACUACUUCUUACACAUCAUACCGAUAAGGUGAAAGGUUUCAAUUUCCUGGUGAACAGUUUCUGGCAAGAAGUUGAACGACGUUUAGAAUUGAAUCUUGCUUCAAUAUUUGCCCCGGGAAAUCCAGAUUCGUUUUAUGUCAAAUACAAAAGUACUUUGGACUUUCUAGCCAAUGUGGAAAAAAUGCUAGGAACACAAAAAGCAAUCGAUGAAUUCCGUCAGCAUGCGCAGUAUAAAAGCUUCCAAUCGCGAUGGAACUUGCCAGUUUACUUCCAGAUACGAUUUCAAGAAAUCGCCGGUCGAUUGGAGAAUGUGUGCGAUCAACCUCUUACUGAAAGCACAUUUAAUUUUAAGGCGAAAGAUCUGAAAUGCGUCAUAUUUCAGACCGCUCUGAGUUGCAUAACAAAGUUAUGGGAGGAUGGUGUCUAUAUCGAAGAUUUAUUCUCAAAGUUUUGGAAGCUGACACUUCAAAUUAUAUCAAGAACUGCUCGAUGGAUGGGGGACGCUAUGAAAGAGAUUGAAAAACCAACUAGCACGCCCGCUGGUGAACAGAAACUAGAUAGAAAUCUAUUCCUCGUCGUUCUGCACAUGGACGCGCAGGUAUUAAUGGACCAGUUUCCAACGAUACUCCAGACUGCAACUGAGAAAGCUCCUCAGCAGGUGCGAGAACAUAUUUCUUCCUUAGAAAAAUGCAUCGAAGAAUCACGAAAUCGUCUACUGAAACAAAUGAGUAGCAUAGAAGAUGUCCUAAUCAAAUCGAUCAUCACUAAAAGUUCUGUACACAUUCGCCAAACAAACGAUAUUCCCCGAUUAUAUCGAAAAACGAACCGUGAUGUACCCAGGAAACAUUGCUCGUAUGUGGAUCUCAUGCUUGAGCCAUUCAAAGUAUUCAAAAAAGAUUUCCACGAGCAAAUUGGAAACGAAAAGAUACGACAGUUGUUCACAACAGCAUUCUCUAAAAUUUCUGUGCAAUAUUUUAAAGCCAUCGAAGAAGUCCUGACAUCUGUUCAGAAAACGGAAGAAUCCCUACGCCGUUUGAAAAAUCUUCGUGAGAAAAGUACUUCAACCACAACGGCCAAUAUUCAGUCAUCCAAUGAUCGUCAAGGAAUGUCUGAUGAUGAUAAAAUUCGUUUACAAUUACAAAUUGAUGUUCGAUAUUGGACGAAAGAAAUCGAAAGUAACGAUAUUAGACGCGAAAAUGUUGAUAAGUUAUUUGAAAUGAUCAGUUUAGUAGAAGAUACAACUAAAGCGAAUAAAACCAGUGAUAAAUAGAUAUGUUCGUGUAUAGCGCGUUAUUCAUAGAAGUUUUAUUUUAUUUUUUUAGGAUAAAUAAUCCUCAAGAGAAAAAUGUAUGUAUUAUUAGACAAUA